CGUAGAUAUAGCUAGUGCCAAACACAGUUUGGUGAAUAAAAAGAUCAUAGACAUCAGAAUUGUCAUUAAGAGAUACUAAACCAAGUUGUUUCCACAUUCAAUGAUACAUGGAUAGACGAGGGUGGAGGCCUUCGGCGCCGGUAGUUAUAUUACUAUUACUAUUCAUAUUUUUUGCUCCGGUACGUCGUAUUCCUUCUCGUAAUGGAGAUUCUACUGAGAAAAGUCUUGAAGCCGAAAGGAAUUGGCUUUCAAAGAUUCAAAAUUCGACGUUUCUAGAGGCUCCUGAACAAGUGCAACAGUCAAUGGCAUUUCCUGAACAAGUGCUGUCAGAGAGAAACGAACUUUACAAAUCAUCAGCUGGUCCUGGCGCCAGUCAUUUGAACCAUACGUCGGUUGUGAUAGGCAACUGGAAGAAACUCUCCUACGAUUCUUUUGGUAAUGUUUCUCCGAAUGUAACAUGGCAUAAAACAUUGCAAAGCAUCCUGAAUUCCGGAAAAGGUCAAUUUUCAGCCAAUCUUUACGAAUUUCCUGCAGCAGAUUCCAACGACUUCUCGUUCGUUAUGAAUAUGGAAAAUCUGAAUGGAACUUCAGUUUACCAGCUAGCCUUUUAUGGUGAUCGUCUGGACAAGAUAAAUGCAUUGCUUGGUGCUACAGAGGUUUCUCCAGAAUUUCCGGGCGUGGACAGUAUUCCCUGGCUUUUUCAUGAGCCCUCGGAUAAGAAGGAUUUACCUUUUGAUGGACAAGAGUAUUUUGACGCCUUAAAAAAUAAGUCUCUUGGAAGAAUUGACGAUAGAAUUAACCAAAUUUCACGUGGAGGUUGGUCUCCAUUAUUAUACGAAGAGGAAAGUGUUUCUUGUCGAGCCUAUUUUUAUGGAUUUAACAAGAACACAGGGUUAAGCAAAGAAACUCUUGCGGCCAUAGAAAAUGAAUAUUACCAUCCCCAAGGUGUAUCGAUGUUGAAAAUGCCCGACGUGUUAUUUUCUGGUCUUAUCUAUUCUCCAGAUUGUAACGUUGCUUUCACAUUUUCUAAUUACAAAGGACCUCGUAACUUUGUAUUUGAUGCCGGUUUGGUAAGAUUUUCUUCUUUCUAUAUCAUUGUCAUCUUUUGUCAAAUAUUUUUGUUAUUAAGGCAGAUGCGGAUAAAUUCACCUUCUUAUGUUCAACGCCUUUCAUUCAUUACUAUUGCUAUCCAAGCUUGUCUUGACGCUUUUAUUGCCAUCUUCUUUUUAAGCAUAAACGCUGUUAUUGAAAGAGGUUACUUACCUUUUGUUUCCAUUGCUUUUCUUUCACUCAUUCCUUCGGCGAUGUUUACUAUGCGAUAUUUGGCUCUAAUUUUGCGUGUUCAAAACUCAAAUUCUCCUCCUCCGCCACCGCCUCCCCAAACCCAGAAUAAUGAAGCUGCAAAUACUGACGGAAGCGAAGGUGGUAAUAACAAUACAACUAAUGCGCAGGAUGCGCUGCCUCAAGCAGCUGGUUUGACUCAAAAUGAACGUGAUCAACGAGAUUGGUCAUCUGUUUGUCUUCGGUUUUAUUUUGUGAUUCUGGUUGUGUGUAUUGCAUCCUUGUAUUCCGCUGUUUGGCCUGUCACAUACAGAUUUUACUUCAUUUCUACUCUUUUGUUUGCUUCUUAUUCUUUUUGGGUUCCACAAAUUAUUCAAAACGUAAAGCAAGGUACCUCGCGCAGCUUUUCUUGGGUGUAUAUUCUUGGACUCAGUUUAUCCCGUAUGUAUUUGCCAACAUUUAUUUUUCUUUUUUCCGAAACCACCUUAAAGUUUACUCCUAAAUAUUCGCACGCCUUAGCUUUGGCUUUCUGGAUGUCUUUACAGGUUUUAAUUUUAUUUGCGCAGGAUACUCUAGGGCCCAGGUUUUUCCUACCGAAAAAGUUAUUUCCUUCUAGCUCUACUUACGAUUAUCAUCCUAUCAUCCAAGCUGGUGAUUUGGAAGCAUUUAUGCAGGAUGCAAAUGUAUGUCCUAUUUGCAUACAACCUAUAGAACUCGUUUCUAGUGGCUCCACUUUGAAUCCAGCUUCACGAAUAGUAAGAAGGAACUACAUGCUGACACCAUGUCAUCAUCUGUUUCAUAGACAGUGUUUGUUACAGUGGAUGGAAAGUAGAAGUAUAUGUCCUGUUUGCCGAUGUCAUUUGCCGCCUGUUUGAAAUAUUGUUUAUGAAUCAUAUUUAAAGGAUUUACUAUUGAAUGUUCGAUUGUGUUAGUUUUACGAGAAAUUAUUAGUAAAAAUACAUAACAAUAAAGAAAACCCUGCACUCCUGAUUAGACUACCUAUUAAUGAAUGAUAUUCAUGAUGCAAUUCAUUUUAAUGUUCC